CAGAUGAAAUUCACAUCCCAGGCUUAUUGUGAAAACUGAGAUAACCUGAGCGUGAAUAGUACCAUAGACUUGCUCAGUGAAUUUUCAUUGCCUUCCACUGUUCAGAGCUGUGAAGAUGGCUGACAAAAGACAGAUCAAUGCCAGGGCUUCGCUGAUUGAGCAGCUGGUAUCUAAAAGGUAUUUUGAGGAUAUCGCCAACCAGCUUGCUGAACUAGAAAUGAUUUAUGUGUCUAAGGAGCAUCUCCAGGAGACAGAUAUAGUCAGAGCUGUAUACAGAGUCCUCAAAAACUGCCCCUCAGUGACUUUGAAAAAGAAGGCCAAGUGUCUACUGGCAAAGUGGAGAGCUUUAUAUAAGAGUACACAUUUCAAAACAAGGGAAAGUCUUAAAUUACACCAUUCUACUGUUAAUAAAGAAGCAAGUACAGCCAUUUCUCAGGCUGAGAGCCAGGAUGAGGAAUUAGAUUCCAGCCAGGAUGAGAUAGCUGGUCUUUGCAGAUCUCUCUCUAGGCUUGUACCCCAAGAUGUUGCAAAGCCUGCUGCAGCAAUUGGGUCUGAAAGUAGCAUCACUGAAAUGGAAGUUAAUGAAGAAUAUUUUGGGGGUGGUGACUCUGAAUCCACUAGCAAGAGCUCAAGUAUGUCACAAGAUCCCAUAGUGUCUGUUAGAUCUAAAGGGGUAGAACUUCUUUAUUCAGCAUUAGCUAGUUCUUCUACAGAUUACACAAGAACACAUUUGUGGCAGAAUUUUGCAAGAGAAAUUGAAGAGCACAUUUUUGCUCUUCAUUCAAGCAAUAUUAAAAAAUAUAAAAUUUGUAUUCGAAGCAAAGUUGCCAAUUUGAACAACCCCAAGAAUUCUCAUUUACAACAAAACUUGCUCUCUGGAACCAUGUCUGCAAGAGAAUUUGCUGAAAUGACUGUCCUGGACAUGGCAAAUCAGGAACUGAAGCAGUUGAGAGCUUCCUACACAGAAUCCAGUAUUCAGGAACAUCACCUUCCCCAAACAGUUGAAGGCACACAGACAAAUAAAAUAAAGUGCAGGCGCUGUGAGAAAUACAACUGCAAGGUCACUGUAAUUGCCAGAGGAACACUUUUCCUUCCAGGUUGGGUGCAGAAUUCAAAUCCGGAUGAACAAAUGACCUAUGUCAUUUGUAAUGAAUGUGGAGAACAGUGGUACCAUAAUGACUGGGUGUGCUUGUAAUUUGUAAAUAAUUCCUCAGGGGCAUGUGUUUCAUGUGUCUAACA